UCUCAUCGGUGUCGACAUGGCCGACUGUUCUAGUGAGAAGUCAUCCCCUGUGUGGCAACCUCCGCAACCAGACACACCUCCCCCCCCACCUCCUGCGGAGACAUUCAUCACCAAACUGAAGGGAUUGUUCUCCAGAAGCAACCUCAAUAAGAGGAAGCAACAGUGCUCUAGAAGGAAACUGAAGUAUGAAUAUGGAUGCUGUUUCACUGCAAUAUCAAUUGUGUUCAUUCUCAGUACAAUUGGAUGUAUCAUCAUGUGGUUUACAGACCUCUAUUUAGACUCGAUUCUGAACCAAAUGACUCUAAAAGAAGGUACAGAGAUUUUUGCUGCCUGGCAAAAACCUCCAGUAAAGCCUCUGAUCUGUGUGCAUGUAUUCAACUACACCAACUUUGAUGAUUAUACUGCAGGGAAGAGCAAGAAGCUAAAAGUAAAGGAAACAGGACCUUAUUGCUACAGAGAAACAUUGGAGAAAAUUGAUGUGAAGUUUUACGACAAUGGGACGGUCUCAUAUGGAGAUCGUAGAACUCAUGUUUUUGAACCUAACAACUCAACCGGAAGCAUUAAUGACACCCUUAUUGUGCCUAAUGUUAUACUUAUUAGUGCAGAAGCCAUGAUCAGAGAAUUGCCAAUUCUGGUGCAGUUGGUUGUUGGAGGGGCCCUGACGAGAGGGUUCAACAUGACUCCGAUGAUCAAGGUUCCAGCACAUGAGUUCCUAUUUGGCUAUAAUGACAAGUUCAUGUCUUUUAUGAAAGGCCUCUCCAGGUUUCUUCAUCAGGAAAUACCGUUUGAAAAAUUUGGAAUGCUAGCAAUGAGAGCUGCCGUAACUAACGACCGCCUUACUAUUACAACAGGGUCAAAUGACCUGGAUGAGAUCGGAGUGGUGACAGCUGUCAACGGGAGAGACAAGAUGACUGCCUGGGACGAUGAUGAGUGUAACAGACUGGAUGGCAGUGAUGGAGCAUUCUUCCCUCGUCAUCAAAUAAACCAAACUGCCAGGUUAUACCUCUUCCACAAGGAUCUCUGCAGAAAACUACCCCUUGAGUUUCAGAAGGAAGUAGAUUUCCAGGAUGGUGUUCUGGGUAUGAGAUUUCACACACCAUCAAAUGUCUACAACACUACAGGUAGCUGCUUCUGUAAACACAACUCCUGUCCCCCUGUAGGUGUCUUUGAUGUAUCUCCGUGUGCUAAUGGGGUCCCAAUUAUGAUGUCAUUCCCUCACUUCAUGCAUGCAGACCCAGCCGUGACAGCCCACCUCAAGGGUCUGGACCCUGAUCCGGAGAAACAUGACUUUUUUAUAGAUAUACAACCAAUUCUUGGAUUUACUCUUGGAACUGUUUCAAGAAUUCAAGUCAACAUUCAGGUUAGGAAGUCCAAACGAUCUUCACAACUUGAUGUAUUUGAUGAUGGCACAAUUCUUCCAGUUGUAUGGUUUGAAGUUACAGCCGACAGACUACCUCCAGACCUGUUCAACAUGAUAUAUCACGCGUCAGUAACAGUUCAGUGGAUACAGUGGUCGCUGCAGUGGGGACUGCUGGCUAUAUCACUGCUCUCUGCUGGCUGUCUACUGCUGUGUCCGUGUUUGCGGCUGCGACCAGUCUCUGUAUCCCCUGCUUCACCUAAUACAGAGAUUGUUGUGACCAAGUUAUCCUCAGUGUAAACUCUAAACCAUCAUAUAGAGUUCAUUAUGAUUUAUAAAAGCUAUAAAUGAAAUGAAGGGCUAACUGAAAGAAGUGGCUAAGUCCAUUUGGGUAAUUUUACAGUAAUAGAGCGUUUUUAAGGUCUGGGCUGAGCUUGUUCUUUCCCCUUUGGUUUUUUUUAUUUAUUUUUUUCCUCAGGAAUGAUAUGAUAUGAGCUUGUCAUUUCCCAAACCAACACAUUUUACACAUUCUCCUACAGGAUUACCAACAUAAAAGUAAAUCAAAUCAAAAUCGAAAAAAUGGGCUUGGCCAUUUUUUUCCGUUAGCCCUUCAAAUGUUAUCUUGGGAGAAAAAUCUUGGUUUACCCUUAGGCCCUGUUAAACAUAAAAGAUGAGUUUGAUGCACCAUCGGCUUGCUUAAACUGAGAGAGUUUUUACUGAUACAAAAACCAAGAAAAUAUGUUUUUCUGGUUUGAUGUGUGGAUUAUCUGUAAUGUGUCUUAUAUAGACCACUUUUGAGAACUGUUUAUUAUUAUUAUUAUUUUGAAGUACCUUAAGGUAUCUUAAGCUUUAUCUAUUAAUUAAUUAUUCAACACUCUAAACUUUUUUCUUAACUUUUUAGUCUUCAAUACGGUAUCUAAAAAAAUAUAUACGUAACUGGAAUCCAUACAAUUACCAGGAAGGUACAGACAGAAAAGACAGAAAAUCCUCUCUCUAAUGUUUUUUACUCUUGUCAGUAAAAUGAAUGAAUUAAUUGUCAAGUAUUUUAUAUUCGGGACAUGUUUUAAUAAUUAUACAAAAUGUUAAACUUGUA